AGAUGAUCAUCCAGCACGUCUACAAAGAGAUCCUGCGGCCUUUGCUUCCUUUAAUGUGUGAGAAGAAACAAGAGUUGCAACAGGACCUGCGUGGGUGAGUGGCUGCUUCACCAUUGACAACGCGACUUCUCAAAAUGCCUGAGCAUCUGACAGUUCCUGGCCGAGAAGAUCAUCACCUUAGCGGAGCAACCUCUCUAUUCAGCCAACCUGGGUCUGUGUGAUAAUAUCCUCUUUCCUAAACUCAAGGGGGUCAUUAAGGGAGAGGGGUGGGGCAUUUUGAAGAAUGGAUGACAUCAAGAUGGCUGUGAUGACACACCGUCAAGAUCAGUGAAAUGGUGGUGGACUUGAGCAGGCCCAGACCUCACCUGAAGUGGUUUGCAUAAAUCAGUGGUCAUUAAAUUUUGCACACGAAGUACCGCCUCAAAAUUUGGUAAUGGGCUCAGCUCACCCAAAGUACUCGACAUAGACUCCCCCCUGAUGGCCAGUAAUCGCGUUUUACACACGAAGUAACGCCUCAGAAUACACGUGGCUCUCAGUACCACCAUAAUGACCAAUGUAGUGUUUGAAAGCAAACAUUUCUAAAUGAUUAAAUGCAAAUGUCCCUUACUUACAAAUAAAAACAACUGCACUGUACAUAAAAUGUUUACUGUAUUGGAUUAAGAAAAAAAGUUAGUCACUCUUUUGUCAUACAGUUUGAACAUUUAAGUACCACUAGAGGAAGCCCACGUACCACUAGUGGUAGUGCUACCACACUGAGAAUCACUGCAUAAAUGAUGACAGUGUGGAGUUUGUACAGAUAUACAAAUACCUGGGUGUGCAGCUGGAUGAAAGGCUGGACUGGAUGGCCAACAUUGAUACUUUGGGCAGAGAACAAAGUGGAAGAAACAUUCAAAGAAAAGAGGAUGGAGUGCCAGAAUGGCUCUGCUGGCCUUAACGGGGACCCUACAAUGAUGGACAAACGUCUGGGAAAGGCCACUGUGCUUCAAAAGGAGGUGGGCCUGCUGAGUGCCAUCUGUCUGAUCGUGGGCACCAUGAUCGGCUCAGGCAUCUUCAUCUCCCCUAAAGGGGUCUUGCUCAAUUCUGGAGCUGUGGGAUCCUGCCUCCUUAUCUGGACCGCCUGUGGAGUGUUAGCCAUGCUGGGAGCGCUGUGCUACACCGAGCUGGGCACCAUGAUCCCAAAUUCCGGAGGGGAGCAUUCUUAUCUGAUGGAAGCUUUCGGCUCCCCGGUGGCCUACCUUUACUCGUGGACCUCCGUGAUGGUAUCCAAGCCCUCAGGCGUGGCCAUAAUCACACUGAGCUUUGCCGAGUAUGCCUCAACUCCUUUCUAUCCUGAAUGCAGCCCUCCUGUCAUUGUCACCAAGUGUCUGGCGGCUGCAGCCAUAGUUUUCAUUGUGACCAUCAACUGUUUCAGUGUCAAACUAGCGAAUUACGUACAAAACAUCUUCACUGCGGCCAAACUUUUCCUCAUCGUCAUCAUAGUGGGAGCAGGCAUUGUUUUCUUGGUGGAAGGAAAAACUGAGAACUUGUCAAACGCAUUUGAUGCCAAGUCAAUGUCUGUUGGAGGAAUUGGACUUGCCUUUUAUAGUGGACUCUGGGCCUAUGAUGGAUGGAAUCAAGUGAAUUUCAUCACAGAGGAGCUGAAAAACCCUUUCAGGAACAUGCCAUUAGCAAUCCUUAUUGGGAUCCCCUUUGUGACCAUGUGCUAUGUGAUGGUCAAUCUUGCUUAUUUCACUGUCAUGACCCCCAAUGAACUACUGAUGUCCCCAGCUGUAGCUUUGACAUUUGGAGACAGAGUUCUUUACCCUAUGUCUUGGAUUGUUCCGCUUUUUGUCGUCUUUUCCACUUUUGGUGCUGCCAAUGGAACCUGCUUCACUUCAGGCAGGCUGGCCUAUGUAUGUGGCCGAGAAGGUCACAUGGUCGAAAUUUUAUCUUUUAUUAGUCUGAGGCGCCUAACCCCAUCCCCAGCUCUCAUGUUCAACGGUUUUCUGGCUAUUUUAUACAUAAUUCCAGCAGACAUCAACACCCUCAUAAAUUACUUCAGCUUUGCUCAGUGGUUAUUCUAUGGCCUGACUAUAUUGUCUCUUAUUGUCAUGCGUUUCACUAGGAAGGAGCUGAAAAGACCAGUCAAGGUUCCCAUCAUAAUCGCCGUCCUAAUGGUGCUCAUCUCUUGCUUCCUGGUCCUGGCCCCCAUCAUUGACAAUCCAGCCAUAGAGUUCCUCUACUGUGCUAUCUUCAUUCUCAGCGGGCUCCUCCUGUACUACCCAUUUGUCUACCUGAAAGUCGAGUGGGCAUGCAGACUCAUGAGGCCCAUCACCAUAUAUCUGCAGCUCCUGAUGGAAGUGGUUCCUCCUGAGAAAUGUGAGUGACGAGGCGACAACUGGGUCAACUUCCAUUUGGCUCCUGGAGCAGGGAUGGUGCCAAACUAAUUUUUGGAACACUUGGAAUACCUGAUGGGAUCUAAGCCAGAACUACGGGGUCAUCUUUGUUAAAUAGCUGCAAACAGUGUGACAUUUACAUAUGGGUCUAAAUGUACAUGAAUGAGAAUUCCGGUUUUGCUUCACUGCUUCUAUAUUCAGGGUGACAAAAUUAUCUACACUUGCACUAUCUGAGGUCGGCACGGUGAACGACUGGUUAGAGCGUCAGCCUCACAGUUCUGAGGACCAGGGGUUCAAUCCCCGGCCCCGCCUGUGUAGAGUUUGCAUGUUCUCCCCGUGCCUGCGUGGGUUUUUCCCUUCACUCCGGUUUCCUCCCACAUCCCAAAAACAUGCAUGGUAGGUUGAUUGAAAACUCUAAAUUGCCCAUAGGAGUGAAUGUGAGUGUGAAUGGUUGUUUGUUUAUGUGUGCCCUGCGAUUGGCUGGCAACCAGUCCAGGGUGUACACCGCCUCCUGCCCGAAGAUAGCUAGGAUAGGCUCCAGCACUCCACACAGGCGGGGCCGGGAAUUGAACCCCAGUCCUCAGAACUGUAAGGCAGACGCUCUAACCAGUCAUCCACCAUGCCACCAGGAAAUGGUUUUAAAAUGGCUUUUUUUAUUUUAUUUUAUUUUUUAUUUCAUUUGUUAUGUAAAAUUAUGACAUUCGUAUGAUAAACUGUUUUUGUUUGCUUCGUUGAUUUUAAAUAAACUAUU